GAGAAAUUGAAGGAAACUAAGAAGGUGCUAAAAGUGUGGAGCAAGAAUAUGACCUUUGAGAUUGAUUUGGGCAUACAAAAGAGCAUUGAUCUUAUUGCAGCUAUUGACAAAAAAAGUGAGGAGAUGCCACUGUUGCCAGAAGAUAUUGAGGCCAGAAGGACAAAUUUCUUGGAGCUAUGGAAAAAUCAAAGGAUGAAGGAAAGUAUGUGGCGCCAAAAAGCUAGAAAGACAUGGAUUAGUGAGGGGGAUGCCAAUUCAAAAUUUUUUCAUAGAUGUGUGAAAGGAAGAAGAAGAAAAAAUGAUAUUUCAAGUAUCCUGGUGGGGAAUCAACGACUUGAAGAUGUCAACAGUAUGAAAGAUGGUGUGGCUAACUAUUUUGAGACACUGUUUAAAGAAGAUGUGUGGCAACGCCCAGUCUUAGAUGGGAUUGAAUUCAAGAAGAUCCCAGAUGAGGAGAAGGCGAUGUUGGAAGCACCGUUUAGCGAGGAGGAAGUUAGACAAGCUGUGUGGAGUUGUGAGAGCACGAAAGCACCAGGACCGGAUGGAUUCAACUUCAAAUUUGUAAAGGAGAUGUGGGGAACACUUAAGGAAGAUGUAAUGGGAUAUGUAUCUGAUUUUCACAAGCAUGGCAAACUGGUUAGAGGGGUGAACAGCUCCUUCAUUGUAUUAAUCCCGAAAGUCAACAGCCCACAAAAAAUAGAAGAAUUCAGACCAAUCUCCCUAGUUGGUGUCAUGUACAAACUAAUUGCGAAAUUGUUAGCACGUAGGUUGUCUUCUGUUUUGAAUGGGAUUAUUGGGGAGAAUCAGAUGGCUUUCGUUGGUGGAAGGCAAUUAGCUGACAGUGUGGUCAUCGCAAAUGAGAUUAUUGAUGAAGCCCAGAAAAGGAAGAAGAAAGGGUUUGUGUUUAAAGCUGAUUUUGAAAAAACUUAUGACAAAGUCUGCUGGGAAUUCCUGGAUUAUAUGAUGCUUAGAUUGGGGUUUGGUCAAAAAUGGAAAAACUGGAUUAAUGAAUGUUUGAAGACAGCAGAAGUAUCAGUACUACUAAAUGGCAGCACCACCAGGCAGUUUAAGAUGCAAAGAGGGCUCAGACAAGGUGAUCCUCUCUCCCCUUUCUUAUUUUUGAUUGUGGCUGAAGGUCUUAAUGGCAUCAUCUCAUCAGCUGCGUCAUUGGGGUUGUUUAAUGGGAUUGAAAUUGGGCAGUGUGGCAUGAAUGUAACCCAUCUCCAGUUUGCUGAUGACACCAUUGUGUUUGGUACUGCUUCGGAAGAAAACAUUUGGGCUGUUAAAAGUAUUAUGAGGAUUUUUGAGAUGGUUUCUGGGCUUAAGAUUAACUUUGGAAAAAGUGUGCUUAUGGGCAUCAAUGUUUCGGAUGAGUGGAUGACUAGGAUGGCCUGUACUUUGAAUUGCAAACAAGGGAAAUUACCUUGUAAAUACCUAGGGAUGCCAAUUGGGGGCAAACGCAGAGGUAUUGCCAUGUGGAGACCCAUGAUUGAGUCCUUUAACAAGAAACUUGCCAGCUGGAAAAAUAGAUAUAUCUCUCUUGGUGGAAGGAUCACGCUCCUUAACUCCGUGCUGUCUAGCCUUCCUGUGUUCACGAUGUCUGUCCACAUGCUGCCUAAAGGUUUGAUCCUUUUACUCGACAAAAUACGUAGAAAUUUCCUUGGGGGAGGUGGAGCGAAUAAUAGGAAGAUCAAUUGGGUUUGUUGGGAAAAGGUUUGCAGAAGUAAAUUGGAUGGUGGGCUAGGUGUGAAGGAUCUUAGGAAGUUUAAUUUAGCAUUGCUAGGUAAGUGGUGGAGUAGACUGGCGGAGGGAGAGGAAGGUCUUCUAUACCGGAUUAUUCGGGAGAAAUAUGGUAGUAGUGGAAGUAAUUGGUUGAACUGGAUUGAAGAGGACAACCAGAAGGGGUCCUUAUGGUGGAGGGACGUCUGUAGAUUAGACUAUUCGUGCACAAGUACAGUUGGCUGGCUUUUAGAUGACUUUAAACUAAAGUUGGGAGAGGGUAAUUCUGUCAAAUUUUGGGAGGAUAUCUGGAUUGGGGACGAGUCACUAGCUCAAAAAUUUCCCAGACUCUUUUUGAAUUCUUUAGGCAGAUCAAAGAGCAUUUCUCAAAUGGGAUUCUGGAACAAUGAAACCUGGAAUUGGUCAUUAGAAUGGAGGAGACCUAACUUCUCAUGGGAGGAACACUCGAUGGCAGAGCUGUGGAGGAUGCUGCAGAAUAUCCAACCAAUUAAGGGACAAAAGGACCAAUGGGAGUGGAGGCAUGAUCAUGGGAUUUAUUCAGCUAAAUCGGGAUAUCAAGCUCUCUCCAGCAACCACCAACAGAGUAGGAUCAACUUGCAUAAAAGAAUUUGGUGCAGACUAGUCCCCACAAAAAUAUGCGCCUUUGUUUGGAAAGUCCUACAAGAUAGAAUACCCUCUAAGGUGAAUCUGUACAAGAGAGGGAUUGUUCCAGAUCUCCAUCUAGCUACAUGCAUGUUAUGCGAUGAGAGUAUUGAAGAUAUAAAUCAUCUAUUUCUUCAUUGCAAGUUUGCAUAUGCAGUGUGGUCCAAAUGUCUCCAAUGGUGGAGAAUUUCAUCUGUUAGAGCUGACAAUUGCUAUGCAUCUUUUGAACAACAACUAGCCACAUUUAAGAAUGUAAACAUCAGGGCAGGUUGGGAUGCAGUCUGGAGUGCAACAAUCUGGUCUAUAUGGAUAGCUAGAAACGAAAGGGCUUUCAGAAACCAUGAGCAAGAUGUCAAUAGGAUUUUUGAGUUGGUGCAACUGCAGACAUUCCAAUGGAUCAAAAACAGAACAGUAGGGCAGGAAGUUCGUCACGGGUACAGUGCCGACACACUGGAUAUGGUGUCGACACUAUGUUGCCUGUACCCAAUUCUCCAACACGGACGUGGUGCUGGCUCCAAUUUUAGGGGUCAAUACUAUUCGGAAGGGUUACAAUCUGUAUGGCUUUCAAAUUGUAAAGGCAUUAGCCAGGAACUACAGAAUCGAACUAUCGUUGUUGACAAGGCAAACCAGAAUUUUGCGCCACCUUCACCAAUGGCACGUCCACCAAGGCAUCAGUAAUUGAUCAAACCAUCAAAGGUAUGUGACAAUUUGAUUAUCUCAAUUUCAUUGUUAGCUAUUUUCAGUUCAGUAGUCCGCCUCCUUUGAUCUCCACACUUUUCAAAUUCUUUUAUUUCCUAUUCCAAAAUAAUUGUACUUUUUUUUU